AUGAUGACAUUGGCUACACAAAUUCCGGUUGUGAUUGGGGUUGGAGACCUCAAAAACAGAUCGACUCGUCUUGAAGAUGCAUUUGAACCGCUAGAUCUCAUGGUGCAGGCCAUCUCGGUGGCUUUGCAAGAUACAGGAUUGUCAAGCGAGAGUGCACAGUCCCUCCAGCAAAUGGUGGAUAGUAUCUCAAUUGUGGCAAAUUGGACGUGGCCCUAUCCCAAUACUCCCAAACUACUUCGCGACAAAUUGAAGUGUCGGGCGACGUAUCUUCAUGAGAGUGAGCACGGCGGUCAUUCACCCGCCGAGCUGUUUGACGAAGCGGCGCGACGCAUUGCCCACGGUCAUAGCAAAGUCGCCGUAGUGACCGGUGGAGAGGCUCUCGCUUCAUUGGGCGCAUUUCAAGCGGCGAAGAAAUUCCCACCUCCGGGGUGGACGCAGUUGGAUGAUUAUACCUCCAUUUGGGAGAAGGAGCACAAGCAGAAUCUUGCCGCCAACUAUGGACUUGGCCUACCGACUCAGGUCUACGCGAUGUAUGAAGCAGCGCUCAGAGCGCACCGAGGUCAAAGCCUCGCGGAGAAUCACCACGAAUCGAGUGAGCUGUAUGCCGAGUAUGCCCGUGUCGCAGCACAGAACCCCAUUGCAUGGACCCAUGGGAAAGAACCCGAUUCUGCAGAGAAAAUUGGCAAAGUGACCAAGAAGAACCGAAUGAUUUGCCUUCCAUAUCCGCUGGUGAUGAAUGCAUUCAAUACCGUCAACAUGUCCGCGGCGUGUAUUCUCACUUCCCUUGACCAUGCGCGAGAACUGGGCGUGGCUGAAUCUCGCUUGAUUUUCCCACUCGGGGGCGCGGGCAUUCAUGACCAUGAGAACUUCUACGAGCGGAGCUCGUUCUUCCAUAGCCAAAGCCUAUCCUCUUGUCUUGAUGCGACUCUGGCAGUUUCAAAUGUGAAGACCGCAGAGAUUGAUCUCUUCGAUUUUUAUUCAUGUUUCCCGAUAGUUCCCAAGUUGGCCUCCCUGCACCUGGGGAUCCCGAUUCAUGGAGGAGCGCGACCAACCACCUUGCUUGGGGGGUUGACUUCAUUCGGUGGAGCCGGUAACAAUUACUCGAUGCAUGCAAUUACAGAAAUGGUCCGCCAGCUGCGUAGUGGUCGCCACGGCCAGCUCGGUUUAGUUCUAGCCAACGGUGGUGUCCUCUCACAUCAUCAUGCAGUCUGCCUUUCACGAAAUGCCCGAAGCGACGGGACUCCCUACCCCGGUCGAAAUCCUCUGUCUUUGCGAGUCCGCGAUGCUCAGCCUCGAAUCGUCGAGCGCGCGCAAGGGAAUGCACGGAUUGAGACUUAUACCGUUCAAUACGAGCGAGACGGAUCGCCUCUUGUGGGCUUUGUGCUGGGACGUCGGGACCAAGAUGGCGCGCGGUUCAUCGCCGUUACGACGGUCGGGUCGAGUUUGAAAGCGCUUGGUGCUGCUAGUGAGCAGAUUGGAAGAUCUAUUUGGGUCGAUUUUGACGAGGACAUGGGUCGGAAUACUUUUAAAGUAUUGGAAGCUAGGCUGUAG